AUGGCGCACGCAUUGGCGACAGCCACGAACGACAUUAGCGAUCGUACCGAGAUAGUAGCUGCACAUGUCGCAGGCGACAAGCAAGUCGCAGAAGCCGCACAGGCCGUAGGCGACACUGUCGCUAGCGCCGUGCAUCCCGCCGAGUUCGAUAAGGAGCAAUUCGAUACUGUCAUCCCGCUACAGGCCCUCGCCGUACCUGCUCGGCUGGCGCAACAGACCUCUCGCAUCGUUCACGGUCAUACCUUCGACCGCCCUCGCUUGCGUCACAUCUUGCCUCACCCCAGCGACUCUUCUCUGCGCCUCGUGCUGCUGGAUGACGUCAUCAAGGAAGCCUCAACGGAUCUCCUGCCGUCCGUGCGGCAGCAGCUGCAGCAGGAGGGGCUGUUCCACGUCACCACGUACGAGCAGCGCCUUGACUACUCCUACUGGCCCGCAGACCACGUGUUGCGCAAGCUGCUGCCGCCAGGGGUGGAGGUGCCCACGGCAUUCGAGACUGUCGGCCACAUAGCGCAUGUCAACCUGCGUGACGACCUGCUGCCCUACCGCUUCGUUAUUGGGAAAGUGCUGCUGGAG